UCUGGUUGCAUCCAUUGAUGCCGCCUGGAGCAUGUCUGUUUGUGUGCUGUGCGCACCUUGUUUCUUGGGCACAACGGAUUUUUCUAGCGGAAAGGUAAACAAGAAAGAGUCCUGGUGGCUGAAAGCUGCUGAACAAAGUGAAGAAAGGGAAAGAGUGAGUGAGACCUGAAGGAAACGUCAUCAAAGCGCUCCGGAAGCGUCCGACAAUGAAGGCUGUGAUUUACCAUGUCUUUUCUCAUAAAGAAGCCAAGGAACAUGAUGUACAGCAGGAGCUGGGAAGCCAGCGGACUGAGGCCUUUGUGAGGGCCUUCCUGAAGCAGAGCAUACCUCACUGGAGCCAGCAAGACUGUGAGAGCCAUCUGCAACGCAAGGCUCUGGUCUUGGAAUACUUGUCAGAAGCUAAAGCAGCAGAAGAGGAAAUCCAAAAGCCUCACUGCCAAACAGAGGAGAGACAUGAGGCUCUUUGACAUUAACCCAGAGCAACAGAGGUACGCCCAUCUUUCCUAAAGGCCUUGCCACUCCUCAUUGCCUGGUCUUUCUGGUCAGGGUGUAGACUGGUGAU